CCGACUGGCCCAUCUCUCUCUCUCUCUCUCUCUCUCUCUCUGUGCCUGCGGCCGCUCACAUUCGUCUUUCCAUUCUCAAACUUCUCAACUUGGAGAAGUUAUUGGGUGAUCUACCAACAAUGAGAGGCUUCCUCUUCCGUCUCCGGAGGAUCAAUGGCUCUGCUUCUGCCUCUUCUCGCUUACUGCGGAGCUCAGGCACUACACUACCAAAAGAUCGGUUCUGCUUCUCCACCGACAGCGAGGGAAGCUCGCGGGUGAAGAUCUUCGACCGCGACCUCAAGCGCAAGCACCGCGAUCGAGCGGCGUGGUUGAUGCGUCCCCAGGAUUCCCUCACUGACACGGUUGCUGAAAAUCUCCUGGACCGCUUGGAGGACUGCAAGAAAACAUUUCCAACGGCAUUGUGUCUGGGCGGCUCCUUGGCAGCGGUCAGGCGUUUGCUUCGCGGCCGCGGUGCAAUUGAAAAGCUCAUUAUGAUGGAUACAUCAUAUGACAUGAUAAAACUGUGUAAAGAGUCUGAGCCGAAGAUGGGCAAUGAGAACAUCGAGACAUCCUUUGUGGUGGCUGAUGAAGAGUUUCUGCCUAUCCAGGAAAGCUCUCUAGAUCUGGUAAUUAGUUGUCUGGGCCUACAUUGGACAAAUGAUCUUCCUGGAGCAAUGAUACAAUGUAAACUGGGUUUGAAGCCUGAUGGCCUUUUCCUAGCCGCUAUUUUGGGUGGAGAAACAUUAAAGUUGUUUAUGCCCACUUGCCUCUGUGAGAUAGAUGUUAUUUUGAGGAGUAAUAUGCCUGACAAAUUUCUCUAUACUGUAUUUUGUAUGUAUAGGGAACUCAGAAUAGCAUGCACUAUAGCACAAAUGGAGCGUGAAGGAGGGAUUAGUCCACGAGUAUCACCUUUAGCACAAGUUCGAGAUGCUGGUAAUCUCUUGACCAGGGCAGGAUUUUCCCUCCCAGGUGUUGAUGUUGAUGAAUACACUGUUAGAUAUAAGAGUGCUUUUGAGCUGAUAGAACAUCUCCGUGCAAUGGGAGAAACAAAUGCUCUUCUACAAAGGAGUGCGAUCCUGAAAAGAGAGACAGCUCUAGCAACUGCAGCAAUAUAUGAGUCAAUGUUUGCAGCAGAGGACGGCACCAUUCCCGCCACUUUCCAGGUAAUAUAUAUGACGGGGUGGAAGGAACAUGCUUCACAGCCAAAGGCCAAAAGAAGAGGAUCUGCCACCAUAUCCUUCAAGGACAUACGAGAGCAAUUCGGUAGUGGAGACUGAUCUCUCUGUCUAACGAUCAGUCUUCUCUCAAGGUAGGCUUGUAAAGCCGAGUAAGUCAGAGAAGGACCUGAAGCUCCAAUGAGGGGUUUUAUGACAUAUUACAUGUCUGUUAACAAAAGAUGCUUGCUGCAAAGUGCCAUCAGUUAAGCCCAGCUAGACUACAAAGAAGCACGAUGGCUUUGAACACCUUGAAAAUGCUGCUGAUCUGAACUCAAAUGGUUUGCUUCGGCUAGCAUCCAAUGCUGCAACACCUUGAUUUGUACUUGAGGGUUGCCCGGGACUUUCCAAAGUUUGGGAGAGGUGAUAACUGGAUUCACAAUAGUCAUCAGCUAUGAUUAUGCUGAUCUGCAAAUUUUUUGUUCUAAACCCAUUUUGUAAAAGAUUAAUGUUGUCUUGGUUGCCUUCUUAACUUUAAGGCUGGGCAAGAAAUACUCCGAACUUAAGGAAUAUAGGUCUUGGUGCGGAUUUGGCUUUUUGGAGUAGCAUAAGCGUAGGAGAUUGGCAUUUUAGACCAUUUGAUUAAUCAUCCAGUUUAUUUUGUAACAAUCUUCGAGGGGCCGUUUGGAUUCAGAAUUAAAGUUACUUUAAUUUUGAUUUUAAUUUUGAUUGUGGAAAAUGACAAAUGAGAUGUGAUUAUAAA